AUAAAUAAAAAAAAUUUCUAAAUUUAAAGUAUGUAAAAAAAUGUAUAAAAAUAAAUUACAUCUGAAUAAAAUGAAAACAUUCUUAAUUUAUCUGAUAUGGCUGAAAACGAAGAACUGAUUAAGCACGAUAUUGAAUAGCCAAUUCUUCAUGGUUUAAUUCACACUAUAACUUUCAGUGGUUUUUUCCAUUCAAUAUCUUUAAAUCUCAUAACAACCUUAAUGUCUUAUUCUCAUUCUUAAUAUCAUAUAUUAUUGUUUUCUUUAGGAGGUAUUUUUGGUCUUGUAUUGAGUUAUGGUUUAACUUUAAACACAUCUAAACGAACGAUAAUAUAACUAUCCGACUUUAUGUAUUUAUUGGGAAUAUUAUCAACCUUUAUUACUUAUAGUUAUUAUUAUAUUUGUUCUUUUUUUUUAGGCUUUUCUAUGGGUUUAUGUAUUUUCGCUUUACUUUUGGAUAUAAAAGAAAUUAUUCCACAUAGUUCAUAUUUAGCUAAACAUAUGUCAUUAUAUUAAAUUUAUUUCUGUAUAGGAUUAAUGGCUAGUUAAUUAGUAAAAUUAAACCUCUAAAAUGUAUACGAAGCUGAUUAAAAAUCUACUUUUGACGUCCAUUCCUUUGAUAGAGGUCAAAUAGCUUUCCUAUUAACCAGUAUGGGCCUUAUAAUAAUAAGAUUUAUUCUUUUAUCAACUAAAUUUAGGAUGUCUACUCCAUUCGAAAUAAUAAGAUUCCAUUAAUCUAAGUCUAAAUUUCAAACAAGUGUCCAUAAGAUGUAUAACGUUGAAAACGAAGUCCAUUUAAGGGAGAAUCUAGUUCAUAAAUACAAAAAGGAAUACAUAAAAAGCGAAAGAUAAAAUAAUCCAAGAUUCUGGAAGUAAGUUUUGGAAGGAUUUCUUCUUUGUUUUUUUUAGUAAGCUUGCGGAUGUUAAAUUUUCAUGAAUACACAAGAACUUUCUAUUGAAGACAUAAAAAAUAAAGUUUAGACUCCAGGAUAGACUUGGCUUGUAAGUAUAACUGGAUUAUGUUCCUUAAUAGCUGGACUAUAGGAAGUAAAAUCGACUCUAAAAGAAUGUAUAAUAUAUCCAUCUUUACGUCCUGAUAUAUUUCAGGGAAUCAGAGCACCACCAAGAGGAAUUUUACUAUAUGGACCUCCUGGAAAUGGAAAAACUUUAAUUGCUAAAGCUGUUGCAACAGAAUGCAAAGCUGUAUUUUUUAAUUUAAGUGCUAGUAGUAUAGUAUCUAAAUAUAUGGGGGAAGGUGAAAAAUUAAUAAAAGCGUUAUUUGAAUGUGCUUAUAUAAAUUAACCUUCAAUUAUUUUUAUUGAUGAAAUAGAUAGUAUAUUAAAAUAAAGAAGUGAAAAUGAACACGAAGCUAGUAGAAGAAUAAAAACUGAAUUUCUUAUAUAAUUAGACGGAGCAAACACUUCAGAUUAAGAUAGAAUUACUAUAAUUGCAGCUACAAAUUGUCCAGAAUAAAUUGAUUCUGCUGCUUUUAGAAGAUUUACAAAAAGAAUUCUUAUUAAUGUACCAGAUAUAGAAGCUAGAAUUUAAUUAAUUUAAUUAAAUUUAAAAGGAACUUAACACACAUUAAAUGAAAAAUAGAUAUAAGAAUUAUCUAAGUAAUUAUAAGGAUAUAGUUGCAGUGAUAUCAAAGCUUUAGUAAAAGAAGCUUGUAUGGCUCCAUUAAGAAAAUUCGAUUAAAAUAAUUUAAUAAGUAUUUAAAUAGAAUAAAUUGAUAAAGUUUCAUUGUAAGAUAUGUAAAAAGCAAUGUAAACUGUACCUCCUAGUUUAUAAAAAAAAGAGUUGGAAUAUUUUUAAAAUUUAAAUAAGAAGUUUAAUUAAUUAAUAUGA